AUGCACGCAUCACCGGAAGACUUAGAGAGAGACGCAGACCAGUACACCAGAAAAAGAAGUAACUUCAUAAUUCGCAUGAUUUUAAGCUAUGACACAGACAAAGCAGUCACUUUAUACGAAAAAGCAGGAAAUGCAUACUCCAGGAAGGGCCUGCACGAAAAAGCAGCAGAAAUGUAUUCUGUCUCUGCAAGUCUUCUAAUAGAUGCAAAAGAAGAGGGAAAUAAAUUCGAGAUAUUUUCAUAUCUGGAGAAAAGUGCAGAAGCAUUACUAGCAGCAGAAAAGAAGGAAGAAGCAAUUUCCGUAUACAAGAAGGCACUGAAUGAGAUCUCAAUGAGUUCUGAGGAUACGUCUGUGGUUGCAUCUCUUACAGCAAAAAUUGGUGGUUUACUGCGGGAAAUAGACCAAGAAAAAGAAGCACUAAAAUAUUUCUACAGAGCAGCUGAUGUAUACGGCAGAGCGAAGAUGCACAUAAAUAGAAGAAAUAUUUUGAUGCAGUGUGCAGCCAGCGAAAUACGCUUCAAGAACUAUGAGAAGUCAUUUGACUUGUACAAGACGCUUGCUAAUGACAAAUCAGAGAUCAGCCAUGUUCUGGAGAAAACGAGUUUCUUGUUUCUGGGUGUACUAUGUGGGAUUAUUUUGGAGAAAACAAAAAGUGCGUAUGAAUUGCUUAACCAAAUGGAUGAUACCCGGUUGGAGUCACAGAUUGCCUAUAAAAUGCUGGAUAUAAAGACAAAAAGAUCUGCAGACCAAGCAGACCUGGAUAAAACCAUUGAAUACUUUAAAAGAACAAACAAACUAGCAACUGAAGUACUUUUGGCAAUGCAUGAUGCACAAGUGGCAAUUGAUCCAAACAAUGAUAUACUGUAG